GUUUCCGCGAGGCGGUUCUUUCAUCUUCUUCAAAAAAUCGCGAGGCGGCUCUCAUUCAUCUUCCCGGUGAAAUUCUCAAUCAACAAUGGCGAAUAACAAUCAUGGCGGCGGUGGCGGUGGACCUAGCCGACCACCGAUAAGUAAACUGCUGGACAAUUGCCGCCUAAUUCACACUCGCCAUCCCAAUCUCAUCUCUAGCUUGUGCCUCCCAGGCGAUGAAGGUCUCACUUUCGAUCAGCUCAAAGCGGCCAUAUCUGAUAGGCUUACUGCGAAGCUCGCGCAAAUUGAAGCUCGACGUCAGGAAGCUCGACGCCAGGAAGCUCAACGUCAAGUACUUGCUGACCAUGGCUGCGCUCAAGAACUUGGUGAAUCGUCUAGUGGAGAGGCAUCGAAUGGUGAGCUAGUUAAAAGGGUUGCAACUGAGAACUCACCACCCUCACCAAAACAGUAUGAUGAAGCAUUGCUUGCAAAGAAACAGUCUGAUGAAGAGUCUCAUGCAAAGAAGGAUCAUGGCAGCAGUGGUGGUGGACCUAGACGACCACCGAUAAGUGAAGCGAUGGAAGACAGUUACCACCAAGUACUUGCUGAUCAUGGCUGCGCUCAAGAACUUGGUGAAUCGUCUAGCGGAGAGGCAUCGAAUGGUGAGCUAGUUAAAAGGGUUGCAACUGAGAACUCACCACCCUCACCAAAACAGUCUGACAAAGCAUUGCGUGCAAGGAAACAGUCUGAUGAAGCGUCUCAUGAUAGUGGAGAGGCACCAGUCGAUGAAACAAGCUUGGGUGGAAUGAGUCGGACCUUUGAGGAUGUAACAGAAAGGAUCUUCUCUGAAGAGAGUUCUGACCAUGAGUAAUCUGAUGACCUACAUUGCAUUGUACAAAUUUCUUACUCUCUUGAGCAUGUAAAGGCGUUUUCUGCUUUAGAUUCUUCUAGUGUUUGACUUGUUUCAUGAAGUUAGACUUGAAUCCUACUGUCUUUGUGGCUAUUAUUCAAUGAUUGACUUAGCUGCCA